AAUAUAAUAUAUACGGCGAGAUAAAAGAAUCAGAGUAACGAUGGCCAUAACAUUUGGAAUUUUGACAAGUAAACUUAAAAAUUUUAUAUUUAAAUUUAUUCGCUCUAGUUUUAUUUAUUUUUCAAUGUUAGUUUUAUAAAAUAUUAUGUAUUUGAGUAAGCGAUACGUGUGCUGAUGAUCCUGCUAAAGAUAAAAGUGGAUUGACGUUAAAAACUCUAAUUGAAGGUACUGAUAAUGAUCCUGGAUUUCCUUUAAGAGGACAAAUUUUAGAAUAUAAAAUAGUAUCGGACAAUGAAGAUAAAAUAAUGAAAAUAUUGAAGCAAUGGGCAGAUAAAAUGAAAAUGAAUGUUAUUUUAACAACCGGCGGAACAGGUUUUUCAGCAAGAGAUAAUACACCUGAAGCUACUAAAAAAAUUAUUGAAAAAGAAGCUCCAGGACUUUCAAUUGCUAUGUUAAACGCUAGUUUGAAAAUUACUCCACUGGCUGUAUUGUCAAGAGCCGUUUGCGGCAUUCGCAAAGAAACACUCAUUAUAAAUCUUCCCGGGUCGCCAAAAGCUGCUAAAGAAAAUUUAAAUGCUAUUGCAUCAACAAUUCCACAUGCCGUUGAUUUAAUUUUAAAUAAUAAAUUUAAUGUAAUUAAAACACAUGAAGAAGUCCAGCGUGGGAUAUUUAAACACGAGUGCCCACAUGAAAAAUAUUCAAAUGAUUCAUUUCAAGUAGAAAAUGUUGCAAAUCGUCUUCGAAAAUCUCCAUGGCCAAUGAUUUCAAUGGAAGAAGUAUCAGAAAUAUUUAAUAAUUUUAAUUGGAAUAAUGAAACUGAAACACUCGAAUUAUGGAAAUGUCACGGAAGAAUUUUAAGCCAAGACAUUUUAUCUCUUUGUAAUUUACCACCUUUUCCUGCGUCUAUUAAAGAUGGAUACGCAGUUAUUGCCAGUGAUGGUGAAGGUCUGAGACAAGUAUUAGGUGGAUUGGAAGCUGGGCAUACGCCAGGUUUAGUGAAACUGAGUAACGGUUUCUGUGUAAGAAUAAAUACUGGCGCACCAGUACCAGAUGAAGCGACUGCUGUCGUUCAAGUAGAAGAUACCAGACUUGUCACAAAAAAUGAGUUUGGUGAAGAAACAGAAAUAGAAAUUAUGGUCGGACCAAUAGAAGGACAAGACAUCAGACCAAUUGGUAGCGAUGUACAAAAAGAUGAAUUAGUGUUACGUAAAUUUACUAGAAUUGGAGCUGCAGAAUUAGGAAUUCUUGCUAGCUGCGGAUAUUCUAAAGUUAAAGUUACCAAAGUUCCGGUAAUUGGAAUUUUAUCAACUGGAAAUGAAUUACAAACAGCUGGAGAAACUCUUAAACCUGGUUAUGUCUAUGAUAGUAAUAAAAUUACUCUUAUGAUGUUACUUAAAGAGUACGGUUACGAUGCUACUGAUUUAGGAAUAGCGCGUGAUGAAGAAAGUAUAAUGAUAAAUGUUAUGCGUGAUGCUUUUGAACGAGUUGAUGUCCUUAUAACAACAGGCUCUGUGUCAAUGGGCGACCGUGAUUUGUUGAAACCAAUUUUAACAAAAGUUUUUAAUGCUAAAAUACAUUUUGGAAGAGUUAAUAUGAAACCCGGCAAGCCGACGACAUUUGCGACUUGUGUUUAUAAUAAUAUGAAUAAAUAUAUCGUUUGUUUACCAGGCAAUCCUGUUUCAGCAACAGUGACUGCACAUCUUUUUGCUAUUCCAUUGAUUAAUAGAUUGUCUGGUAAUUAUUCAAAGCCGACGAUUGUUCAAACUCGGCUUACUUCCUCUUACAAACUGGAUCUUCGACCAGAAUACGCUCGAGUUAUAUUACAAUGGACGGAUCCGGAUAAAAUUCCAGUAGCUCAUAGUACGGGUAAUCAAAUAAGCAGUAAAUUACUCAGUUGUAAAAAUGCAAAUGCUUUGUUAAUUUUACCCGGACGUACUGAUGAACGUAAAGAAAUUAAAGAAGGUGAUACUGUUCCAGCAAUGCUCCUUGGAUUCAGCCAAAUCGAAAUUUGAAAACUUUAAAAAAUAUUUUUAUAACUUUCAG